GCAGGGUUUUUUUUCUCCUCUGUGUCAUUUUCUUCCAUCCCCAGAAGAGGGGUCCAAUAAGGGGGGAAGAAUUGAAUCUCUUCCCAUUCCCACCCCACCUUCUCUUCACUCUCCUCUCUGUUUCAGCUUCAACCAAAGAUUUCCAUUUCUCAUUACAGAGUUAUUGGUGCAUCUAUUCAAUUCUCCUGGGAAUAUGGAGAAUAGAAUACAACCCGGAAGUUUUUUCCAGUACUCCCCUACUGGAGUCCACGAUUCACUUCACAGGUCUUCCUCUAUCUCAGAUCGUGAAAGAUAUGUGGGUGAGUUAUUGGCAGAGAGGCAUAAAUUGGGACCUUUCAUGCAGAUUCUGCCAAUAUGUAGCAGGCUUCUAAAUCAAGAAAUCAUAAGGGCAUCAGGAUUGGUAUCUGCUCAAAGCUCAGUGGUUCAUGAAAAAAUGGGGCUUGAGCAUACAUAUAGGACUAGGUCAUUUCAACAACCUAACGGAGGACCAAUGGAUGUGGAGACAUGGCCUGCAAUGCAGACAGAGGUUUGA